AUGUAUUUCUGUGAUGCCCCGCCGCCUGAUUCGUGCUCCGCCGUGACCUCAUUUCUAACGGAGAACGGUUCGAGUUUGUGGGAGAGCCACGCGGGGCUGAGCGGGUACCGGGGCCUGCACUACCCAGAGCAGCAUCCCCUUCCCCGGGAGAGGUGGACUUUGUACCAGGCGGGGAGUUCCAUCACCCCGCAGCCGCCACCUUGCGUCCACUUGCAAGGAAAUUUGCACCGCCAGCGUGCGGGCCUCUUCCCGGAGUCCAUGACCCCGGCUGAUCCGAGGUGUUUUACGCACGGAGGAACCGGCGUCCGCAGCUUGCAUGAGGAACCAGGUCCGCAUCUCGACUCCUGUGAGGUACCGGAGAGAAGCGUGAUGCACGACCCGGGCUCUCGUCUCCUCCUCGUCCCCCGGGAAGAAGGCGAGGCGGCGCCGGGCAGACAGCGAGAAAAGCCGCGGAGUGCAGCCGAGUGGACGAAGGGGGUCAGCGGGGAGAGCAGCCGGGUCAGGCCGGGGUGCGAGUACACUGAGGCCGGGAAUGAGGACCAGGGGGAGGCUGGUUCACGCAGCAGAACCACGGGAGGGUUCGGUUGCAGCCCGAGAAGACGCAAGAAACGUCGCCCUUACUCCAAGCAGCAGAUCCGAGAGUUGGAGAACGAAUUCCGACUCAACGUUUACGUCAACAAGCAGAGACGCAUGCAGCUGUCUCGUCUCCUGCACCUCACUGACCGGCAGGUGAAGAUCUGGUUCCAGAACAGAAGGACGAAGGCCAAGAAUCUCAUGAAGGCGCGAGUGCGCCGCACGGUCUCGCCAGUCGGAUGGUGAGGUCACCGUUUUGGAGCGACAUCUUAAAAGCGUUGUCAUGACGUCGCUGCAGCAUCACAGCAGGAACUUUUGGUCAAAAACAGACGAAUGAGCAAAUAUUCCGCACACAGAAGUGACCCGAAACGCACAAACCGAAUAAAACGACUGGAAAAAGCUGCGAUCACAUGCAUGCAGGAAAAAAAACAACUGCAUGAGUGAAAUACUGCAAGUUCACAAAACAAAAUGAAGCCAUAGGCUGAUUUUUCUUUUUUCUUUUCGUGGAGUCUUUGUUAAAAACUGGCUGUAUGAAUGACAUGGUCGCUCUAAAAUACUAUAAAAUACUACAAAACCAGUGAA